AUGAAGUUUUUACUACAACAAAUAAGGAAGAUGCACGUUAAGCCUAUUAAAAUGAGAUGGCUGACGGGCGGUGUUAACUACAGCUAUCUAUUAAGUGCUGAGAACAGAAAAAACGCGUGGCUGAUUGAUCCCGCAGAACCUCUUGAAGUUUCAUCGGAUUUAAGUGUCGAGGAGAAAAGGAGCAUUGAUGCUAUUGUCAAUACGCAUCAUCACUACGAUCAUUCAGCGGGAAACUUAGCUCUUCAUAGCCUCCUGUGCCAAGGAAAUACCCAUCGUGAGGUUAAGAUAAUUGGCGGAUCCAAGGCUUCUCCUGGCGUCACUGAAAUACCUGAGCAUUUGCAGCAAUACCUCUUGGGCAACUUGAAAAUAACAUGUAUCAGGACGCCGUGCCAUACAAAGGAUUCUAUAUGUUAUCACGUCAGAGAUUUGGAGACGUUUGAGCAAUGCAUCUUUACAGGUGACACUCUUUUCAAUGCAGGUUGUGGUAGAUUCUUCGAGGGCACUGGGGAAGAUAUGGACAUUGCUUUGAAUAGGACAAUCUUAAGGAUCGUCGGCGAACCAAACUGGCGUGAAGUAAAAGUAUACCCAGGUCACGAGUACACCAAGGGUAAUGCUAAAUUCAUCAGAGCCAAGAUAUAUCAUGCCCGGGGAGAAAAUAAGCAGUUUGAUGUCUUGGAACAGUAUUGCCAGAGUAAUGAGUGCACCUCUGGUCACUUUACUUUAGGUGAUGAACUGGAAUACAAUCCAUUCAUGAGAUUGGAUGAUCCUGCCGUUAGAGCGGCGGUUGGCGAUACUGCUAGGGUAUAUCCCAGAGCCAAAGUGGUGCAAGAGCUAAGAAAGUUGAAAAACGCUAUGUAA